CCGGCGGGUCCCGGCCCCCGGAGUGCGGAGCUGCGGGAGCCGAGCCGGUCCGAGCGGCGCUGCUGGAAGAUGGCGAGCGGCCGAGACGCGCGGCCGCCCUGGCGGUCCGAGCGCCUUCCGCUGCUGCUGUGCCUGCUGUUGCUGCUGCGGAACCCAGGCCAGGCAGCGCACAUCAAGAAGGCGGAAGCGACCAAGACGACCUCGGCGAAUGCGGGUGGCGAAGCCGCCGAGGGCCAGUUCGACCGCUACUACCACGAAGAGGAGCUGGGCUCGGCGCUGAGGGAGGCGGCGGCCGCGGGUCCCCCGGGCCUGGCCCGCCUCUUCAGCAUCGGCCGCUCGGUGGAGGGCCGGCCGCUGUGGGUGCUGCGUCUCACGGCCGGCCUGGAGCCGCCGCCCCCUGACGGCGCAUCGGGGCCCGACGCGGCUGGGCCCCUCGUGCCCGGCCGGCCGCAGGUGAAGCUGGUGGGCAACAUGCACGGCGACGAGACCGUGUCGCGCCAGGUGCUGGUCUACCUGGCCCGCGAGCUGGCGGCCGGCUACCGCCGCGGAGACCCGCGCCUCGUCCGCCUGCUCAACACCACCGACGUGUACGUGCUGCCCAGCCUCAACCCGGACGGCUUCGAGCGCGCCCGCGAGGGGGACUGCUACGGCGGGUCCGUCGGCCGUGACAAUAGCCGCGGCCGCGACCUCAACCGCAGCUUCCCCGACCAGUUCAGCCCCGGGGAGCCGCAGUCCCUGGACGACGUGCCGGAGGUGCGCGCCCUCAUCGACUGGAUCCGCAGGAACAAGUUUGUGCUUUCUGGAAAUCUGCAUGGUGGCUCAGUGGUUGCAAGCUAUCCUUUUGAUGAUUCUCCAGAACAUGAGAAUGGAAUCUAUAGUAAAACCUCAGAUGAUGAAGUCUUUAGAUACUUGGCAAAAUCCUAUGCCUCAAACCACCCCAUAAUGAAAACUGGUGCGCCACAUUGUCCAGGAGAUGAAGAUGAGACUUUCAAAGAUGGGAUUACCAAUGGCGCUCAUUGGUAUGAUGUGCAAGGCGGUAUGCAAGAUUACAAUUAUGUCUGGGCCGACUGUUUUGAGAUCACAUUAGAACUGUCUUGUUGCAAGUACCCACCUGCUUCACAGCUCCGACAGGAAUGGGAGAACAAUCGUGAGUCUUUGAUCACAUUGAUUGAAAAGGUCCACAUUGGAGUGAAAGGAUUUGUUAAAGAUUCUAUAACAGGAUCUGGCUUAGAGAAUGCAACCAUCUCAGUGGCUGGUAUUAAUCAUAAUAUCACAACAGGCAGAUUUGGUGAUUUCCAUAGAUUGCUUGUUCCUGGAACUUACAAUGUUACAGCAGUUUUAACUGGGUAUAUACCACUGACUGUUAAUAAUAUAAUAGUGAAAGAAGGACCAGCCACAAAAGUGAAUUUUUCCCUUCGGCCAACCGUAACUCCAGUGAUUCAUGACACAACUGAGUCUACAGCAACUGCUAGUCCAGUUACUAUACUGAAUAUUCCUUCUGGAACAAAAUCCUCCCACCAGCCAAUUCAGCCAAAGGACUUUCACCACCACCAUUUCCCCGAUAUGGAAAUCUUCUUGAGAAGGUUUGCUAAUGAAUAUCCUAACAUCACCCGGCUUUAUUCAUUGGGAAAAUCAGUAGAGUCAAGAGAACUUUAUGUAAUGGAGAUAUCUGACAAUCCAGGAGUCCAUGAACCAGGUGAACCUGAAUUUAAGUAUAUUGGAAAUAUGCAUGGAAAUGAAGUGGUUGGAAGAGAAUUGCUGUUAAACCUCAUAGAAUAUCUUUGUAAGAACUUUGGAACAGACCCUGAAGUAACAGAUUUGGUUCGUAGCACUAGAAUUCACCUUAUGCCGUCCAUGAAUCCUGAUGGGUAUGAAAAGGCCCAGGAAGGGGAUUCAUCAAGUGUAAUUGGCAGAAACAACAGCAACAACUUUGACCUGAACCGAAAUUUCCCUGACCAGUUCAUUCAGAUCACAGAUCCUACCCAACCAGAAACUAUUGCUGUUAUGAGCUGGAUGAAGUCUUUUCCAUUUGUAUUGUCAGCAAACCUUCAUGGAGGUUCUUUGGUUGUCAAUUACCCUUUUGAUGAUGAUGAACAGGGGAUUGCCACAUACAGCAAAUCACCAGAUGAUGCUAUAUUCCAACAGAUAGCACUUUCUUAUUCCAAGGAAAAUUCCCAGAUGUACCAAGGUAGACCCUGCAAAAAUAUGUAUCCUAAUGAAUAUUUUCCUCAUGGGAUAACAAAUGGAGCUAAUUGGUAUAGUGUCCCAGGUGGUAUGCAAGACUGGAACUAUUUACAAACAAAUUGCUUCGAAGUAACUAUUGAACUGGGUUGUGUAAAAUACCCAGUUGAGAAAGAUCUGCCAAAAUUUUGGGAACAAAAUCGAAGAUCUCUGCUCCAGUUUAUGAAGCAGGUUCAUCAAGGCGUGAAAGGGUUUGUCCUGGAUGCCACAGAUGGCAGGGGUAUACUAAAUGCCACCAUUAGUGUUGCAGAAAUAAACCACCCAGUGACAACUUACAAAGCAGGAGAUUACUGGCGUCUUUUGGUUCCAGGAACUUAUAAAAUCACAGCAUCUGCUCGGGGAUACAAUCCAGUUACCAAGAAUGUGACUGUCAAGAGUGAAGGUGCUAUUCAGGUCAACUUCACACUUGUGCGAUCUUCAACAGACUCAAACACCGAAUCCAAGAAAGGAAAGGGGGAAAGCACCCACAGUGUUGAUGCCAGUGAUCCAACUACUAAGGAGUUUGAAACCUUAAUAAAAGAUCUUUCCGCUGAGAAUGGGUUGGAAGCUCUCAUGUUACGCUCUUCCUCCAAUCUGGCUCUCUACCGAUACCAUUCGUACAAAGAUUUGUCAGAGUUUCUGAGAGGCCUGGUGAUGAACUAUCCACAUAUCACAAAUCUUACCAAUUUGGGACAGAGUGCUGAAUAUCGUCAUAUUUGGUCCCUUGAAAUCUCCAACAAGCCCAACGUAUCAGAACCUGAAGAACCAAAGAUUCGUUUUGUUGCUGGUAUCCAUGGAAAUGCUCCAGUUGGAACAGAACUGCUGUUGGCUCUGGCAGAGUUUCUCUGCCUAAACUACAAAAAGAACCCAGCUGUGACCCAAUUGGUUGACAGGACUAGAAUUGUGAUUGUCCCUUCUCUAAAUCCAGAUGGGCGAGAGAGAGCACAAGAGAAGGACUGUACUUCAAAGAUCGGACAUACAAAUGCUCGUGGCAAAGACCUGGACACAGACUUCACAAGUAAUGCCUCCCAGCUAGAGACUAAAGCCAUCAUUGAAAAUUUGAUUCAGAAACAGGACUUCAGUCUUUCUGUUGCUUUAGAUGGUGGUUCUGUGCUGGUCACAUACCCAUAUGAUAAGCCAGUACAAACAGUGGAAAACAAAGAGACUCUGAAGCAUUUGGCAUCUCUUUAUGCAAAUAACCACCCCUUCAUGCACAUGGGUCAGCCCAGCUGUCCAAAUAAAUCAGAUGAGAAUAUUCCAGGAGGAGUAAUGCGCGGAGCAGAGUGGCACAGUCACCUGGGCAGCAUGAAGGAUUAUAGUGUCACCUAUGGCCACUGUCCAGAAAUCACAGUCUACACCAGCUGCUGCUACUUCCCCAGUGCUGCACAACUUCCUAACUUGUGGGCAGAAAAUAAAAAAUCUCUCCUUAGCAUGUUGGUAGAGGUUCAUAAGGGAGUUCAUGGAUUUGUUAAAGAUAAGACUGGAAAACCAAUCUCUAAAGCGGUCAUUGUACUCAAUGAAGGUAUAAAAGUGCACACAAAGGAAGGAGGUUACUUCCAUAUCCUGUUAGCCCCAGGGGUCCAUAACAUCAAUGCCAUAGCUGAUGGGUAUCAGCAACAACAUUCACAGGUCUUCGUGCAUCAUGAUGCAGCUAGUUCUGUGGUCAUAGUCUUUGACACUGAUAAUCGGAUAUUUGGUUUGCCACGGGAGCUUGUGGUAACUGUAUCAGGUGCCACGAUGUCGGCGUUGAUCCUAACAGCUUGCAUUAUUUGGUGCAUCUGCUCAAUCAAGUCUAACAGACACAAGGAUGGCUUCCAUCGGCUCAGGCAGCAUCAUGAUGAAUAUGAAGAUGAAAUUCGCCUGAUGUCAACUGGCUCGAAGAAAUCCCUCUUAAGUCAUGAGUUCCAGGAUGAAACGGACACUGAAGAAGAAACAUUAUAUUCUAGCAAACACUGACUCACAGCCUUGCGUAUUUCCCAGCAUAAGUACCAAGCAAAACUACAGUUCCUUUUGGGAGACAACUGCAGUUAAGAAGAUAGACUGUCUUGCUUCUUCAAAGAGCUUUGGGAAGUUAACUUGCUAAAUUUCUAUUCUCUGUGAAUUUGGCUGGCAGUUUUUAACUUCCCUUCCUUAAAAUACUCUAACCUUUAAAAAAAAAUCUGCUUUCUAUUUAUGCAGCAGAGAUGGAACAGCCACUUUAUUUUUCUUUUUAAUUUAAGAUGAGCUAUUUGAAGCUUAUGUGAUAACUGCAUAAAGCCACCUAGUGGAUGUUGUAUUUUGCACACUGGACGUUUACUAGUGGCUUUAGCUUUUUUUUAAUUUUCAAUGGCCAAAAGAAUCCAUAAACAUUAAAGCAGGGAUAGAGAUCAGAAUCUGACACAUAGCUUUAAAAACUCAAGGUUUUCUCAACAAACUGAAGAGUACCUUUUCUAGUUAUUAAAAAGCUGGAAUUCUCUUUUAUUGUUCAGGUUUAAUGAAGGCUGAAUUGAUUUUAAAAUACAAUAUUUGGAAAAUAAAUGGGCUUUUUUGCAUUUGGCUUUUGCCUAUUCCAGGGCUUGAUCAGAACUGAAGAGCUUUGCUCUAAGCAGGAUAUCACUACCUCUCUUCCAAGGGUCAGCAAAGUUCUAAAUAUCCCCAUUUUUAAGGGAGGACUUACUGACUUUGUUGUAAAAGAUCUAAAGAGUCCAUUUGAGUGGAGCUGAGAGGGAGACCUAGCAAAACUCAUGUUGCCUAUCUUUUCACUUGGUAAAAACCCACCGGUGCUGCUGCUUUUAUCCGUGAAGCACUAGUGUAUUGUAGUAAAACCUGAUUCUUUCAUAUUUGCUAAAUUUGAACCUUUUUCUGUGCUGUACGCGUAUGGUUUCCAGAUGUCCCAGCAAUCUGCAAGAUCUGAAUCCUACUGAAUCCAUAUCAAGAGUGGACAAGAUAUGCUUGUACAUUUUACAAAAUUAUCAACAGUUCUUGCUUCAGCCCAAGUCUGUGCCCUGUAGUAGCAUAUUGAUAUUGAAAUCAGUUGGCCAGUCUUAUUCAUAAUAGGUCUCUGUAAUUGAUUGGGUUCUUGGUCCUGAUAUUUCACUUGAUAUGGUCUCCUUUUGGUCAACUUUUUUUAUUCGAUGUUGAGUUGAAAGCAUUUAAAUAUGGCUUCCUCCAUUAAACAAAGUGCAAACUGUGGACUGCCAUGUGAUAUAACAAAGGUGAGAGUGUGAUCUUCACUGCCAGUCAGGUUACUGCAAAGACCUGAAGAUUUACAUUUUCUCAUGUAUGCUAUAUCAUGCUUCUCAAUGGAAAGUAUGCUUUUUGUAAGUAUAAGUGUUACCAAUGAUAAUGGCUUAAUACCUUUGAACGUGGUUAUGGCCAAGUUGCUGCUGAACUUGUACUAAUUCAGGGGAUCAAAAAACUUACUUUCAUCUUUUCAAAUUGUAUUCUCUGUCCAUUGGAUAUCCAUUGCUGUUGAUUAUCCCAAAGCCUUCAGGGGAAUGGUUUACCACCCAUGUAGAUUAUGCAACUCAGUUCUGUAAAAAAUGUACACAAAAUGUCCUUAUAAAAAGAUUUGGCAGUUGUAUAGUGCAGGAAGUAAGGCAUUUGCCUUGCAUGCGGUGUCCAUGACCACGACCUUAGAGCAAAUACCUGGCACCACAUAUGGAUCCCUGAGCACAGAGCAGGGAUGUCACAAGAACAAAAACAAAUUGGUUUAGCAAGAAUAGUGAAAUCAUCGCAUUUGUCAGUGUGUGCAUUAAAUCUGGAUGGCUGAAGGUCAAGCUGUUCUUUCAUUAAUCUUGUGAUUAACAGCUCUAAAUUUUGAACCCAUGCUACCCCAUUUUAAUCCCACCACACACACAGAGAAGAGAUUUUGUGAGGUGCUAAAACCACACAUACCUGGUAUAUAUGAUUUAAUUUCUAACCAUUCUUUUAGAGGAUACCAUGGUGGUAUUUGUUCUUUACAGCUUUAUUUUUAGGAGUGCAGAGCUGACCAGGGGUCUCUUCGUGACUGGCCUUGUUUGGGACACUGCAGGUAGAAAUGAAAUAGUUGAUGUGAUAACCUUUACUAUCUUAGCCUUGGUCUUCACUACAGGAUGCCUUUUAAAUUCACUUCUCCCUUCAGUUGACCUUAUCUUUAGCUAUAUAUCAGUGACUGGAGGUCAUGCCUUUUAAGCAUGUAUGAUUUUUUUAUAAAUAAAUAUAUAAAUAGCUCUUUUAGUAAUUUUUUGCUGAAGGGAAAACCAAAUUCUGCUAUAAAUCUUUAAUGAAUUUCUAAAAUAAUGUGUUGUGCUAUAAAGCCUUCUCCACCUGUGUUAGCUAUUAAGAUGAAUGUACAUACAGGAUUGUGACUACUGUGUUCUCAGCCCUGCUUUGUCUUUUAUUUGUGGUCUCUCAUUGUAGAUCACAUUAACUGCUUUAGGCAUUGAAGCCAUAGGGGAUGGGGAAUGCAUUUCUUCAGUGUUUCUCCUAGAGACUUUCUCAUUUCCCUAGAGUGGUGGAAGUAAGAAUCACAGUAUUAAGAAAUUUGCCCAAAUCGGAGUUGUGCCUAUCUUGACUCACAAGGCAUGUUUUGUUGGUUGAUUUUGUUUGUUUGUUUGUUUGGGUUGUCCUUUUGUGAUCGGUUUGUAAGCCUUUCCUCCUCCAAGCUCCUACAUAAAAGCAAAGUGAUUGAGUAGGUAAUGUUUAAGUGACUGCUUGUACAAAUGUGCUGAAUAUGCAGUUCAGUAAGUUGAACUCCAGUUAAUUUUAGAAUGAAGACCUUUGGUUUUCAUGUAUGUUACUGAACUUAUUUGGGUGGUGAUUGGAACCUCGUCCAGUUAAGGAAUGCUUUCAGUUCUCACUGGAGGGAAUUCAUUUUGGGAGUCUGUCAUCCUCCAUAAUGGAAACAUAAUGUAUAUUUGAACCCAGUGUGAUUGAUUCAUCUUUGGUAACUUUCACCUGAAUGAGACAUUGAAUUAAUGGAUAUUGAGCUUAAAACUAAUUAUAAGUUUACAAAUAAAAGGUAAUGCUUAUGCCUGAGCUUACUGUGUUUCUGAGCUAACACCAGGUUACUCAGUAACCGUGACCUGCUCCUCCAUUUUAAUUUUUUCUUGGAAGUAAAUAAUUCAUUCUGUCUUCUUGUUAUCAGAAGUGUGCGUGUGCCAGAUUUUAUCCCCGCUGUAUUCAAUCUUUCUGGUUAUGGAAUGCUGUAAUAGUGUCCUAUGUUAUGGUUCUCGAGUGGAACUGUUUUUAAUAGUAGCAACUUUAUUGUUAUUACAGAAAGAUUCCACAGUGAUUGAUGUUCAAUGGUUUAUAUCUAGCAACUGUUUUGUAACUCCAAGUUUCUGAUUUAUUUUAAUUUAAGAGAACUAGAGGGGAGGGAGGGUUGUUUAGGGCCCUUGGUUAAUGUCAUCUGAAUCUGGGUUUCGAAGGUUCAUGAAGAAAUACUGAUUUCACCUAUUUUUAGCAAUAAUUAAUACUCCACUUGACUUUCAGAAUAUUGUCCUCAUUGACUGGAGCGAUAAUACAGAAGGUAGUUGCCUUACACACAGCCUACCCAGGUUCAAUCCCCAGCAUCCCGUAUGGUACCCCAACUACCGCCAGGAAUAGUUCUCAAGUGCAGAACCAGGAGUAAGCCCUGAGCAUUGCCACUUGUGCCCCACUCCCAAAAUGAAAUUAUCUUAGUUGAUUUUUGAUUUGACGUAUCAUGAAAUCUGAGAGUACCCUACCAUUUGAGAAAAUUGGAUAUAGAUUAUGUAAAUACGUAUGAUUAAGACUUUUUAAAAUGGCAUAACACAAAUAUACAAGCUACAUCCUGUGCUGGCCAUGCUAUAGAUUUUCUGGAGAUGUGACAUAAUAGAGGGUUUUUGUGCUCUGAUUAAAAAUCAACAUUCCAGGGCGGGAGCAGUAGUACAGUGAGUAGGGCACUUGCCUACCACGUGGGGACCCAGGUUCAAUCCCAGCAUCUAAUAUGGUCUCCCAAGUACUGCCAGGAGUAAUUCCUGAGUAUAGAGCCAGGAGUAACCCCUGAGCAUCGCCAGGUGUGACCCAAAACAAAAAAAUAAUAAAAAUAAAAAUGAAUCAGCAUAUCAGCGUUCCUUUUUUUUCAAGAAUGACAUUACCCAGCUCCAGAACAAUCUUAGCUCUCUCUAUAUAUGAGGUUCCCAACACUCAUUCAUCUCAAGUGCUUCAGUUUGGUUUAUUUCAUGCACUGUGCCUUCAAAUGAAUUUUUAAAAGGGACUAAAUGAAGUUGAAUAGUAGUUUUAAAAAGUCAAUCUGUGUAAUUUAUGUGAAAUCUAACUGUAAUGAGGUCCUUUCUGUUUUUUUAUAUGUAAACAGAUCUACUAAUCCUGUAUAAAAGUUAUUUUACGA